GUAUACACUUCGUGACUAUUCAAAUAUCCAACAGUAUACCAAGUCUGUCAUUCCGAUGACACAUCUACUUCUACUUCUGUUUUUCUCUUGCGUGCAGCUGACAACUGGUCAAUUCUACUGCGCUGAUCUUAUCCAACAAUGUGCAAAGUCUGCAGCUGAAUAUACUGAGCAGAUCCUUCAAUAUAAGGAGAGUGCUUUCAAAUCUUGCGUUAGAAGACCGGCCUGUCAUACAGAACGGAAAAUAUUUGAUGAAUGCUUUGAUGCAUCAGUUUCUGCAACUCAUAUUUCGCCACCACAGGAAUCAACAUCAAAUGACGGAGAAACAAGAAAAGUUACUCAGCCGCCAAUGGUCAAGUACAACAGUUUGCUAAAGUUUUUCACCGAGAAAUCUAUGAACUUUCGGAGUGCUCUUGAUCAAUGUUUUGUUAGAUCCCCAUUUGUGCCGAAGAGAAACUUUUUCGGACCAAGUAUUCUUGACGAAGAUGCCGCAUAUGCCCGUGCAAUCUAUCAAUUUGAUCUUGCCGACCGUCUCUGGGGAUUACCUGAGCUUUCAGUCACUCGACCAAGCCUAGACACACUAGGAGUUUGCAGAACACAGAACACUGCCCUUCGUGUAUUCGGAAGUGGGAUUUCGAGAAUCGCGAGAGCUUCUGACCCAAAAAAGAACAAUCUCACAUCAUCGUGUAUGCUGGAUGAAGAUGAAAUUACAUGUUACCGUCAAGCACUAGACUUGAAUUCGGAAUAUAUACAGUUGAUCUACAAUCGGGAUUAUGCUUUGAGAGCUUGCAUACAAAAUUUACGCCAACAAAGUGUCUGUCGAAUGAACGACAAAUCUCGGCUUCGAUCUUGUUUGUGCGGUGUUCGAGAGCAAUACGAUAAUGAUGUACAAGCUGGAAUUCUGCAGUGUGUUAAAUCGAAAAGCCCACACAUUCCUGCAAUGGUCAUUGAAAUGAGCAGCAGUUUAGACGAGGAACCAACAUCCGCCAAGAUUCAGGAGCAAGUUACUCCUGCGCAACUGACAUUCGAUACCCCUGGUGCAAUUGUUAAUGGGCAAUGUAUGUGUGCUUGUGAACAUUCCGCAAAAAAUGAAGCAACACGUCUUUUUGCGAAUAAAAAGAACAACAAUGAUGUAGAAAAAUCAACUCAAAUCGAGAAAAAACCUGAAAAGCAAGGGCCUGAAAUUCAAGAAGAAGUAGUUGAAAUGGAAACUGUGAAAGACGAGCAACCACCGAAAACAAGUGCUGUUCGAUUUAAAGAGAAUUCUCCGCGUCUAAUGCAACCCAGUGAAGCUGCCGGUCGUGUUUUUUGGAUGAACAAUAUCACUAUCACUUAACAAUUGCUAUAUCAUGCUUUUUCAGGAACCAAACUUUAUAUUUACAUGUCAAUUUUUCUAUAAAUAUGUUUUCCAACACUGGAAAAAUGUUGCUUUUUAUUAAGAUUGUAAGAUAAAAAUGAAUUACAUAACUUCAUGUAGAAAAAAUCAACGAAUAAAAGAAACCUCAUUCAACCGAAAGUUAAGCAAAAUAAUUAUGAGAUAAAAAAGUAUUUUGAAAGAUAUACAGAAAACAAGUAAUAAAGUAUGUUUGC